AACUCAAUCAGGCUGUGUUUUGUGGGCAGGGCGCUGAGCAGUCAGCAGCUGAUGCUAGCCUCUGUGAUGGUGGUGGACACGCCAGGCCUGAGGAACCCACGACACUCAGCAGAGGAGAGAGGAGCCAGCUGGUCCGAGUUCUGCCACAAUUACCUACAAGAGAGGCUGCUGGAGCAUUACCAUUCACAUACGUUCACACAUACACUCGAGAGAUACGCUCAGGAGAAGAUCCACGUGGAGUUUGAAUGUCCAGAGACCAGCCCGGCCGAGGUGGUCUCUGCCAUUGACCAGCCACCUCCACAGGUCCGCGCAGCAGAUGAAGACCGCAGAGGUCUUUUAUGGGUUCUGGAUGAGGAGAUGGUGACGCCAGCCUCUUGUGAAAACAGGGCCGUGGAAAGAGUGUGCCAGUAUUACAGCAACAUGGUGCGACAGUGUGAGCAGCUGCUGCAGUGUGAGGUGAAGCACCUGAUGGGGUCUGAUCCUGUCCGAUACGAUCUGGCUGGAUGGUUCAGCCUCAUCCAGAACAACCCAUCUGCUCUGAACACCAUCUGUCUGCUCCAAAACUCCACUGUAGGGGUUGUGAAAGCCAUGUUCACCCCAAGAAUUUCUCUGCCCCCCCUGUGUCGGGCUCUGGGGGGACUAGAGGGUGGCAGCCAGCGCUCUUUGCAGAGGAAUGGCACCAUCAGGAAGACAUUCAGUGGGGGAAUGGCAGCGAUACGCAGACACUCUCAGUGUAUUGCAGUAAAACUCCAGGCAGAUGCUCUUAUCAAUCUGAUCCGUCGAGCCAGGCCAGUGUUUCUGCAGUGUGUCAGUGCAAAGACUGACAAUGGAAGUUUUGACAUCCCAGCCCUCAGGGUGCAACUGCACUCCACACAGAUCCUGUCAGCUCUGCAGCUAUACCGCAUAGGUUAUUCAGAGCACAUGACUCUGGGGGAUUUCAGGUGUCAUUUCCAGGCUCUCGCUCCUUCAGUCAUGAAACGUUACGCUUCAGUGUUUGUCAGCCACGAUGAGAGAAAGGCAGUGGAAGAGCUGCUGGUUGAAUUGGAUGUGGAUAAAAAGAGCAUCCUCGUGGGUGCCAGCCGGGUGUUUAUGAAGCGAGGUGUGUUGUGCUAUCUGGAGCAGCAGAGGGAGAAGCAGGUCACUGGUUGGCUGGUCCACCUACAGGCUGCCUGUUUGGGACAUCUUGCCCGUCAGAAAUAUCGCAAACUCAAGGUGCAGCAGAUGGCAGUGAGUUGUCUGCAGAGGAACCUUCGGGCUCUCAGGGUCGUGUCCAAGUGGAGUUGGUGGAAACUUUUCUGCAGUGUGCGUCCUCUCCUUGAUGUCAACAUGGAUAAUGAGAGGCUCAGGGCCAAAGAGGAUGAAAUAUCAGUUCUGAGACGACGCCUAGAGAAAUCAGAGAAGGAGAGAAAUGAGCUGAGGCAGACUCGCAGAGUAUAAAAGUGGAGGACCAAGGUUACAGCUGUGACAUCUGAACUGAGUGAUGAGCGUUUCCGCGGCGAUGCCGUGGGCCAGGCUCUGGAUGUGGAGAGGGCAGAGAGACUUCGACUCAGCAGGGAGAACAAAGACCUGCAGGCUCGCCUAGAUCAGUGUAAAGUGACCAUGGAGACCCUGGAGAAGCAGCUGGAGGAGGAGAAGCAGAAAGCUCAGGCUAAGGAGAGUCAGAGAGGAGCAGUGACAGAAACUGAACUGGUCAUGCAGCUGGAGUGCUGCCAGACAGAGAUGGAAUUUGUUUGCAGACGACUGAAACAGACAGAGGAAAAACUUGAGACAGAAAGACAAACUCGACAAGAGCUCGAUGCCAAGGUGGCGACAUUGCAGGCCCAGCUGGAGCAGUCCAGGAGGAGUGUGACAGAGGUGAAACGUCACUGUCGUCAUUUGACCUCUGACCUUCAGGAUGCCCGGGUCCUUACUGACAGUCUGCAGAGCCGCAUGCAUGAACUGGACCGCAAGCAGAGAAGGUUUGAUAACAAGCUGACUCAGGCUCUGGAGGAAGCUGAGUGUGAGCGAGAGCAGAAGGACAAAGCCUUUCAGGAAAACACAGCGCUGGGAGCUGAAAUAUACAAAUUGCGCUGCAGCCAACAGGAAAGCCAGGCAGAGGUUAGCCGUCUGCAGAAGCAGAAGGAGGACCUGUGUGCUCAGAUCCGUGACCUCAGCCUACCUGUUGACCUUGCCUCAGAGUCACUGCCUGCCCUCAAGAAGCAGCUUCGCCUCCUGGAGAGCCAGGUCAAUGAGAAAGCAGAGGAAAUCACCAAGCUCACUGCCAAAAUACAGCAGCAGCAACAGAUCCACAUGCGGUUUGAGAUAGAGGUGGAAAGGAUGAAGCAGAUCCAUCAAAAGGAGUUGGAAGAUAAAGAUGAGGAGUUAGAGGAUGUCCACAAGUCCUCUCAGAGACGACUGAGGCAGCUGGAAAUGCAACUGGAGCAGGAGUAUGAGGAGAAACAGAUGGUGAUUCAUGAGAAGCACGACUUGGAAGGACUCAUUGCAACUCUGUGUGACCAGGUGGGACACAGAGACUUUGAUGUUGAGAAGAAGCUAAGGAGAGAUCUGAAGAGAACUCAUGCCCUCCUGGCUGAUGCCCAGCUUCUUCUUGCUACUAUGGAAAGCUCAGGGCAGAACCUACCCAACAGCAGUAAAGACCAGAUAGAGCAUCUGCACUUCCAGCUUGAGGAGAGCGAAGCAAGGCGACUUGAGGCUGAGAGCAUUCAGGCGACUCUCUCCCAGGAGCUGGACAACAAUCAGGCUGAGCUAGAAAACAUCUGCAAGCAGAAGAGUGUGGUGGAUGAAAACUUAGCUCUGCUGCAGCAGGAGAAGGUGGACCUGUUGAAGAGGCUCGAAGAGGAUCAGGAAGACCUAAAUGAACUUAUGAAGAAACACAAAGCGCUCAUUGCGCAGUCCUCCAGUGAUAUUGCUCAGAUCAGAGAACUGCAAGCUGAACUGGAGGAGGUGAAGAAACAGAAACAGUCUCUCCAAGAAGAGCUCCAGCAGUGUGUAUCGAGGGUGCAGUUCCUGGAAUCGUCCACUGUGGGGCGCAGCAUUGUCAGUAAACAAGAGGCACGUGUACGUGACCUGGAAAAUAAAUUAGAGUUUCAGAGAGGGCAAGUGAAGAGGUUUGAGGUGCUGGUGCUGCGGUUGAGGGACAGCGUGGUUCGUCUGGGAGAGGAGCUGGAGCAGAGCGCACAGGCCGAGGCUCGGGAGAGAGAGAAUGCCCGCUAUUACCAGCAGCGUGUGCAGGACAUGAGACUGGAGAUGGAGGAGCUGAGCCAGGCAGAGCAGGAGAGCAGCCGCAGACGCAUGGAGCUG